AUGGAUCCAGUUACCACUCCUACCGCUCCAAAUUUUGUUGCUAAGAUUAACUCUAUGCAUAUGCUGAGUGGGAUGAACUUUAAGUCUUGGAAAGAAUUUGUGGAGAUCGUUCUUGGAUGCAUGGAUUUAGACUUAUCCUUGAGGGAUGAGCGUCCCACCGCCACUGUUGAGAAUCCAAAUGAAACUAAAAUAGAAAAAUGGGACCGAUCUAACCAAAUGUGCCUCAUGAUGAUCAAAAGAUCCAUACCUGAAAUGAUUAAGGGCUCGGUUGGUGAGAGUGAAAGCGCCAAGAAGUUCUUUGAAACUGUGGAACAAUUCUUUGCUAAAAAUGAUAAGGCUGAGAUAAAUAAUACCUUGUCCAAACUCAUUUCAAUGGUCUAUAAAGGCAAAGGGAACAUAAGGGAGUACAUCAUGGAGAUGUCUAAUCUCGCAUCAGAACUUAAGGCAUUGAAGUUAGAACUUCCUGAUGAUUUGAUUGUGCACUUGGUUUUGAUCUCUCUCCCGGCAUACUUUGGGCAAUUCAAAGUGAGUUACAACACUCAUAAUGGCAAAUGGCCUCUCAAUGAGCUCAUAUCUCACUGUGUGGAGGAGGAAGAAUGCUAA